UGUCUAUUGUGUCUGAGUAUAGUUAAUAUGUACAAACAAUGUUUGUGUUUAUUCUUGGAAGGAGAUGCUGGUCGACCCGGAAAUCCUGGAAAACUUGGACAAAAAGGCCGUCUUGGGAUAGUGGGGAAAGCAGGGCGCAGGGGCCUUAAAGGGGUGCUUGGGGCCCCUGGUCUGGCUGGUGUAAGAGGAACCAAAGGGGACACAGGCGAUGUGGGGGAAGCCGGUGCUAUGGGAGGCUGCAGCUGUGGCUCAAGGGCACGAUCGGCCUUCUCGGUGGCAGUGACAAAGAGCUACCCCAAAGAGCGCAUGCCCAUCCGUUUCAAUCGCAUCCUGAUGAAUGAAGGGGACCACUACAAUGCCAGCAGCGGUAAGUUUGUAUGUGCUAUUCCGGGCGUGUAUUACUUCACCUAUGACAUCAACUUGGCUAACAAACACCUGGCGAUCGGAUUAGUACACAAUGGUCAAUAUAAAAUCAGGACCUUUGAUGCUAACACAGGCAACAAUGAUGUGGCAUCAGGAUCAACAAUUUUGCGUCUGAAGAAGGAUGACCAGGUGUGGCUGCAGAUUUUCUACGCUGAACAGAAUGGUUUAUUUUUUGACCCAUACUGGACAGACAGCCUCUUCACUGGGUUUCUCAUUUAUGCAAACCAGGACUUUGAUGAGGAGGGCCUGAGGGCAGAGGAAGGAUCUAGAUGAUGCUGUUAACAGCAUUCUUCAUGAAAUGAUCAGUAGAGUGUGAUAUGCAAUGAAUAAAACUUGAUAAGCAGUCGGUGUAUAGUUCUCCAUGUUAAUUUAAUUAUAUCAGCAGACCUGUAUUUUGCUUACUGAAUAAGGUGUUGGGAUUUUACUUUUGCCUUUUAGUGGUUCAUUUCUAUGAGUAUAAUCUUGUUAGAACUGGCAACAUACAUUUUUGUAUUGUUAAAGCACUCACAGUCAUAGAAGUGUCACCUUCAAGAAAUAUUCUUUUAUGUUUCAGUAUGUUUUAUGGAUUCAGUGCUGAAAAGGUUACUUUUGAAAUGUAAUGGGUUGCAGAUUUAUAGUUACCCUGUUAAAAAUGUAAUAAGUAACUAUUUUAAUUACACCGUUAAAAUAAUGUAAUGCAUCACAUUUGAUUACUUUCAACGUUUUGAUUGGCAGACGAGAGGCAAGAGAACCAAUCGAAAGUGAUGCUCAAAAUGUAAUGCCCUCUGCCAAUUGAAUGGAGCCUGUCGAGACACAAAAAGAUGCAAAACAACAGAUUGAAUGUGAUUUUCUACAUGUGAGCUUUUUACCAAAAAUAAUAUAAUCAGAUGUAACCCCUAUGUAAUCACCAACAUUUUGAUUCAUAACUGUAAUUUAAUUCUAUAUUUUUUCUCAGUAACUUUAAUGGAUUGCGAUUCAUUUCUUUAUAAUGUAAUUCCAUAACUCUGUACAUGGAACUGGAUACUCCCAACUCUGGCUGUAUUAAACGUCAUUUCAGAAAUAACAUGGGGACAUUUCACUUUACAUGGCUAAAGGAUUAAGGCUAAAAUGUCCUUUAGCGACAUGGCAGUCAUGGAAACA